CCUGCAUUUCCCAGCAGAACUUCAAAUAAAUAGAGAGCGGAGGAAAGGCGUCGCCAGAUUGUUUCCAGAGGCAAAUGCGGCGGAGGCGAUGGCUACAUCAUACUGCAAGCUCCAUGUCUGCGGUUUGCUCCCUGCCGGGAAGGUGUUAGCGAGGGGCACUAGGGCGGCCACAUUUGGUGUGCCGCUGAAGAUUGAAAGCGCAUCUUCUCAAAAUCUGCGCAGGAAGCACCCCGUUCUAGUUCAAGCCUCGGUGGCUACCGAGGCGCCCCCCCCAGCAGGAGGCCCCGAUGGUGUCGCUGCCGCCCAGCCGCGCCCCAGGAAUAAGGGCCGCCAGCCCCGAAACAAGGCCUCCUGGAGGAAGGAGAAAGAAGCAACUGGCGAUGUCGUUCAAGCGGCAUCGGCAUUACUGCAGCCGAAGACCGAAGGGGAGAGCGCGCAGAGCGGGCCGAAAAUUCUGGACUGGUUGAACGAGGAAGGAGUGGAUAAGACGGCCGAGGCAACGAUCCGCAGGGUGAAUAGAGCCAUCAGCACCCGGGCGACCGUGCGGGAGGCGCUUCAAGUGGUGGAGGACAUGAAGGAAGCGGGGCUGAGCGCAAACGAGGGCACGUUUGCCGCGCUCGUGACGGUGUGCCGGCGCCAGAAGCAAGGAGAGCGCGCGCUGGUGGUGUAUGAUGCCAUGAAGCAGGCAGGGAUCAAAGCCUCGAAACUCACGUUCCGGAACCUUAUCCUGGCGUGCCAGCAGGCAGGCAUGCAGGACCAGGCUCUAACCAUCAAGAAAGACAUGAUGGCUUCGGGUUACAAGCCGGACCUGGGCACGUACAGCGCACUGCUCCAGGCGAUCGUGAAAAUGUCCCCUUACAGAGGGCGGAUCACUCCUGGGCAGAGGCUCGACAAGGCGCUGGACACGUACCAGGAGAUGAAGGCGGCGGACAUCAAGCCUGACGUCAUCGUCUUCAACACGCUGCUGAGCGCCGCAGAGAGGGCCAAGAACCCUGGGAAAGCCCUGGAGAUCUACGCCCUGAUGGCCCAGGCGGGCAUCAAAGCCAACCGCACCACGUUCGAGACGCUCCUCCAGACCGUGGGCCACAGCGGGCGGCUCAAAGCUGCGGAAGAAGUCUUCAACGAGAUGCGGGUGGUCGGCGUUGCGCCCCGCACGGCGACUUUCAACUUUCUGAUCGAGGCGUGCGGGACUGCGCCCCAGCCGCAGGUGCAAAAGGCGUUCGGGUACGUGGAGGAGAUGAAGAAGUCGGAGGAGGCUAAGCCGAACGUGGAGACGUACAUUCGGCUGAUCAACACGGCCAGCAGGGGUCCGAGUCCUGGGCAAGCGCUUAGAGCGUACAAGUUGCUCGUGGAGGCAGGGUUCCGGGAAAAGGUCGGCCUAUCGGUUUACAACAGACUGAUCAGCGCGGCAGGCCAGGCGGGCAAGCUAGACAAGGCGUUCGAGAUUUACGAUACCUUACGGGAAGCCGGGUUCAAGCCGGAUGGCUUCACAUACUCCGCCCUGGUAGCAGCGUGCGGGAAGGCAGGGGAUGCGUCGCGGGCUUUGGCCGUGAGCGAAGACAUGGAGAAGGGGUACGGGCUACUGCCUAACCAGGUGGUGUUCCAUGCGUUGAUGGGCGCGUGCGGAAAGGCCGGCAAGUGGCAGGAGGCGCUCGCUCUUUUCCGGCGGAUGAAGGAGGCGCUUACGGACGAGCCGCCCGGUGUGCUGACGUACAGCAUCCUCUUCGACGCGUGCUUCGGGGCGCAGGGCGCGGAGGCGCUGCUGAAGGAGGCGCAAAAGGAGGGGAAGCGGCUGGAGAUUACGCAGGGGAUAAAGGCCGCGCUGAAUCUGUAUAGAGAAGGGCAGACGGCGGGCGUCUUCAAAAACUUCAGCGAAGAUGAUCUUACCAGGUGUGACAUUCGGACGCUGUCACGGUCCGGAGCCGUGGUCGCGUUGCUGGCGCUGCUCGACCGGCUAAAAGAAAAGCCGCCCACUCUAGAUCUGGUCGUGGUGACCGGGAGCGACAAGGCCAAGGCGUUCAUUGCUCGAGGGGCCACGAAGAAACCGACCGGGGGCCGGUUACCAAAGCUCGCGGAAAUCGCUUUGUCAACGUUCAACGCACUGCAGCUGCCGUGCAAACCUUUGACCACUUUGACGUUCCAAGCAUUGACGGUAGAAGCCCCCGCGCUGCAGAAAUGGUUACAAGGGGGAAUUGAGGGAGGGGAGUCGCUAGCACGUCAGCAAAGUAGUGUAGAGUCCGCUGUCGGUAAGGCGCCGGAAGUGCUUGUAGGCAACAAGGGGACGAUGGAGGCGCUUGCGACUUAGCUUUUGUCUAGACUGGGUUAUGCCAGGUGUGGCUGUAUUCUAGUUUGUUUUCAUUAGGUAAUUGCAGGUGAUCAGCAUGCUUUGGUUUGCGAGAUCUGUUGGAAGCGAAAAAACCAACUAGUCAGAAUCGUAGGCAUCUACAAUGGGCCUCAUUCCAUUCUUUCCAAUGUCGAGCAUCCUCUAACAGGUCAGUACCUGAAAGGAUCGAUCGACAAAGAUUGUUCUUGCAGCUUUCGAAGCACAUCCUGUUUGCGCCAGACAGAAUUGCGCCAUGUGGCGCGGCUCAGCUGCAUCACAGGCCGCUUUUAACCGCCCUCAGGGCACGGGUUGUGGACUGAGCUCCAGGUUGCGGAACGGCGGGGCCUGUUUGACACC